UAAAAUUAAAAUUUAAAUUGAAAAUAAAGCAGAAGAAGAAGCAACAACCGGGGCAAGAAAUACUGUAAACAGGCGCCAUGAAGUUUCGUUUGGGCUCCUUUUGGUUAUUUUUGUUGACAGUUGGCGGCAAUGAGAAGCAAUUAAGCGCUGAUUGCUGCCACGGGCUGGCCACUUGGGGCAUACCAACUGCGGCCGCAUCCACUGCACCACUAAAGCAAAAAUCAAUUGAGCAGUCCGACAGCCGUAAUCGGUAUACACACAACGGAAAUGGACUGGAAAAUGCAACGACAUUGCAUUCCACCGCAAAGCAAACACCCACUGAGUCUCCCCAGGUUAUUGGAGACAUAAUAACAACAACCCCACAAACAACCGCAACCACAGCAAGAACAGAAACUCAGCCGGAUGCCACAACAGUGACGGCCAAAUCAAUUGUUGAGCUGCUUUUCAGGCAGGCAAGCAGGCCAAAAAGUUUGGAGCUGAGCUUAAAAGAGCACAUGGCAACACUCAUUGGCAGCGAGCAGCAUGAAAGAGGUGCGGCAACAACAGCAGCAACACCUGACAACGAUACCAGCAGCAGCGGAACAAGUACUCAUCAUCCGGAGCGACGUCAUGUGGUGCCUGACAAGCUACAGUACACGAAGGAGUUGCAAAUUAAACAGGGUCGUCUGAUGGGCAUAACACGUCGCUUUCAGGUGACCAGCGGUCUGCGUGACGUGGAUCAGUAUCUGGGUCUCCCCUAUGCCGAGGCGCCCAUUGGCAGCAGGCGGUUUAUGCCGCCAGGUGCACCCCUGCCGUGGCAAGGCUUGAAGAUAGCGCGUCAUUUGCCGCCGGUUUGUCCACAGAAACUGCCGGAUAUGUCAGGACAGAAUAGCAAGAGUAUUUCACGUGCCCGCUACAAGCAUUUGCUGCGACUGAUGCCAUACCUGAAAACCGAGAGUGAGGAUUGCUUGUACCUGAAUCUUUACGUUCCGCACGAGGAGCCUCUCACUACGUCCAAGCCACAUGCAGUACUUGUUUAUUUGCAUGGCGAGUCCUUUGAGUGGAACAGUGGCAAUGCCUACGAUGGCUCAGUGCUGGCCAGCUAUGGCGAGGUUAUUGUGGUCACUGUCAACUAUCGCCUGGGCGUGCUGGGGUUUAUGCGUCCGGGCAUCAAUGCACAUAAUAUUGCCAACUAUGCACUGCUCGAUCAGAUAGCGGCGCUGCAUUGGAUCAAGGAGAACAUCGGCUCCUUCGGAGGCGACAAUACACGUGUCACUCUGAUGGGGCACAGCACAGGUGCUGCCUGUGUCAAUUAUCUAAUGGUCUCACCGGUGGCAUCAGGUCUAUUUCAUCGCGCCAUACUCAUGUCAGGCUCGGCGAUGUCCGAUUGGGCCGCCAGCAAUCAAUCGCUGCAAUUGACCAUGCAAAUAGCCCAGGCUCUGGGCUGUCCAUUGAGUGACCACAAGGAUGAGGAUGCUCUGCUCGAUUGCCUGCGCCAGCAUCGCUACCAGGAUAUCUUGCACAUACCAACAUCGCUUCAGCCAUUUUCAACAUCAUUGGGUCCAAUUGUCGAUGGACACGUAAUACCAAAUCAACCAUACAAGGUCAUGGGGCAUUAUACGGAGCAUUUCAGUCGUUAUGAUUUAUUAUUCGGCAUCACGGAGUCAGAAUCCUACCAUACAUUGGCAGCAUUAGCACUCGAGGAAGGAUUACGUGAAAAUGAACGCGAUAAUUUAUUGCACUUCUAUAUGCAGAGUCGCUUUGAUGUACGCCCCGAUUUGGCAUUGGCUGCCACGCUAAAAAAAUACCAGGACAUGUACAACAAUCCGAUUAAGGCCACUAAUUUGGAGCAUUGCGAUGUUGUCCUGGACAUUCUCUCCGAUGCAAGCGUCGUUGGACCCCUGUUGCAGACGGGAAUGUUCCAUGCGGAUGUGAAUAGACGCAAUUAUAUGUAUGUUUUCGGACAUAACAGCGCGAUGGGCCCCUAUGCAAAUCUACCGCAUAGCAUUAUGGGGGAGGAGCUUCCGUUCGUUUUUGGGGCGCCGCUGGCGCCAGUCGGCCCGUAUCCCAGCCACAACUAUUCCGUGCAGGAAAAGUUGCUUUCCGAGGCGGUAAUGGCAUAUUGGACGAACUUCGUAAAGACCGGCAAUCCAAAAGCGCCCUGGAAGGGCACAUUUCUGAAUUCGCAUCUUUUGGAGUGGGAUCGAUACGAUUUGGACUGGCCGGAGUUUAAUAAGCGUGCACAGGCCUAUCUCAAUAUUGGCAUACCACCGACAGUGGGCUACAAGUACCGCCAGAUCUACAUGAAUUUCUGGAACAAAGAGUUGCCGGAUGAGCUGAAUCAAAUUGCGGCAAUACAGCAGAAGGGGCAGCAACAACAACAGCAACAGCAACAGCAGUUCCCCGGAAACGGUGUGAUUACGGGUCACAUGAGCAAAUACGGUGCGCGCGACAAAGGCGCCGAGGAUCCGGUGCGUACGCUGAAAUUGUUGCUUCAAAAGCCGUUACCAUCAAAGGGCAGCGAACAGGCAGAGACCGCUGCGGAGAACAUGUACAACGCACCUCCCACAUUCGGUCAUGUGCACAGACAGCAGCAACAGCAGCAGCCGGCCGUUGAGGGUGUGGCCAUAUCCGGGGAGGAUCCCACGCAAACCUCCCAGCAUGUCAGCGACUACGGGGAAUAUGGCGCCACGGUUGCCCCAACGGAGCCCAUUGCCAAAUCGGAGACAACGUUGCAGUUCCUCAUUGCACUCAUCGCCAUUUUCAUAGUGCUGAAUGUGGUGAUCUAUGCGACUUUCUUGUUUCGGCAGCGCCGCAAACAAAAUACUUCGCUGCAACGCAAACUGGGCGGCCAAAUGCUCAGCUACGAUGGCGCCAACGAUGAUGAACUGAAGCGCUGCAGUAAGUCACGUGAUGGCGAUGAGAGUUAUGUGCUGGAUAUCGUGCGAAAAUCCAAUACUUACGAAGCCAUCAAAACAGGGCAGCGUUCGCCCAUCAAUGGCUUUGCCAUGCAACGCCAAUUGAGCAGCUCAACGGUAGAUACGCACACAAAGGUCUGCGAGUGGAUGUCAUCGCAGCAACAGAGUCCAACACAAAAGCUGCUCAAAUCAGGCAGUUUUAAUACGACGCCAGCGCCGCUGCCUGCUGCACAGCCAGACAAUCGCAUCAUCAUCUGCGAGGACAUUGAGGUGGCAGAUGCGGCACUUUUAACCCCACAGCAUAUGCACGAAAUGCAAGAGGGGCUACACUAUGAGUUGCUGCUGCAACGACAGCAUUCGGCGCUAACAGAACCCAGUGAGGCAACGCUGCAGCCUCAGCAUUCCCACACUCACUCAGAUCCGGUGGACAUGAUUUUGGCUGCUGAUGAGCAGGUGACCAGUUUUGUCCAUGCCGAUGAUGUGGACAUCAAUGUGACCAGUCGCGAUGAGUGUGAACUUCAGCUGCAACCACUGACCGUCGCACAGCAACUGGCUUUGUUGCAGCAGCGCAACUACCCAAAGGUUCUGCCCACUGAACAGGAUGUGCGUCAGAGCUACAAACGCAACUCGUUGCCUCCCCAGAAUUUUCAGGCACCGCUGCCACCACCGAGGACUAUUAGCAGCACACUGGGCCGGCGGCGACGAGAUAGCAGUAAUAUAACCACAUCGCCACUAAUGCUUGCCCACGACAACGGAGAGGAUGAGCUGCAUGAACCGCAAAUCACACAAAAUACGUUGAUAGUGGGGCCCAUAGUGCCCAAAUCGCCAGCGGCAUCGCUGAAGCGUAUUAAACGGCAGACAGACACGGCAGCAAUUUCCAAGCUGAGCGGCUCCUUUCAGUCCUUCGAGUCGGUGCCGCCGGCGCAUGAGGCAACACCGCCGCAGGGUCAACGCACCGAAUGCGUCUACGCGAUUGAGGCGAGUGCCAGUGUCAGUUCCCUGCCCAGCUGGUCGGCGCCGAAUGGUGACGUAUAUGCGCAGCCCACAAAGUCUGCUUCCAGAACAUCACUCAUACCGCGACUUCUGCAGACAGCAGUCGAGACACAACAAGUGUCGACUGAAGCAACAGCAAAAGCAACAACAGCAGCUGCUGCGGCAAUGCCAAGCCGCAUACCGCAACUGCAGCGCCAGGCAUCCAGCAAGGAGCUGCAGUCACCUCGAGAGUCACUCGCCUUGCUUGACAGCACAGACGGGCAAUCAUCCAAUGCCAGCGCAGAUUCAACUUCACGCACCAAGUCUAGCAUCUCAAAUGAUUCCUCGUGGCGAUCUUCUUCGGCUUCAUCGUCCUCCUCGUCGACGGGCACAGUGCGAACGGAACUACAGCAAUACCAGCAGCCCAGCAAAACUAUUGCGACUCAAAUAUAGAAGAUGGCAGGCGCUGCCUUAAUUCGACACUAACAAAAUGGCAGACAACAUGCUGUGCAACGAACGCAAUGCGACGACAGCUGCAGAUCCUGACAGGCGCCAACUAAAUCCUUUGACGGCUUGUGGUUUGAGCUCACAUGUACUUUCGAGUGUUUUGCACAAAUUUAAUAAUACAUUUUAGAGGAAAGUUUAUCUUUGACUUGGCGGCUAAAAACUUGCAAGAGUAGCUACAGCUUGUGGUCGCUUUGGUUAGAAAAAGUUUUGAGAGGAUUUGAUUUAAAUUAAAACGCACGAAAACGAAACAACUAAUGGAAUUUAAAGUGAAUAAGAAAAAUUACAGGAAAGCUCUUUCAAAACAGAUAAUUAGUUGAUUGAAUAAAAAGCGGCUAAAAUGAGGAGAAUUUUUAAAGAGUCAAGAAUUUUCACAGAAAAUUGCAAAAAA